CCUAACAUUUCAGCUGCUGGUGUUAGUUAGCCUCUCCCAUCCUUCAGGGUCUGUCCUGGUCUUCUCUUCUCACAGGUUUGGAAACACAUAAACAAGCAAGAUGACGGACAAAAAGAUGUCGGCCAGUCGAAAGCAUCACCUGAAGAGUGCGAUGCUUACGAUUGCAAAGGGCCUACUGGAAACAGAAACGCAAGAGAAAGCACAAGAGAGGAUUAGAUACAUGGAAGAGAUCUGCCCCCCUCUGUCCCUUCCCGGGUCUACGCAGGAACUACAGGAAUUUGUCAAACAGCUCCACCAUAAGAUUGACACAGUGGAUGAGGAGAGAUAUGAUUUAGAAAGAAAAGUGCAAAAGAGUGAAGAUGAGAUCCAGGAUAUGAAGAUUAAAAUUCAGGACCUGAAGGGAAAGUUCAAGAAGCCAGCUCUGAGGAAAGUGCGCAUGUCUGCCGAUGCCAUGCUGCAAGCUCUGCUGGGCUCCAAGCACAAGGUCAACAUGGACCUGAGGGCCAACCUGAAACAGGUCAAGAAGGAGGUCAAAGAGGAGGAUAAGGAAUUACGUGAUGUCGGCGACUGGCGUAAGAAACUCGAGGACAAGGCUGGCAUGGACGGCAGGAAGAAGAUGUUUGAGACUGAGUCUUAAAACGCAUUUGAUAACUUGGCUGCGGUUUGUUUACCCCAUAAACCGAAGUCAUAGCACACUGCUCUCCAUCUCUCUGUCUUAAUUAUUGCUCUCUAUUUUUAGGGUAGGGUAUAGUGGAUUAGAAGACCAGCAGGCAGGCCUCUGCCUGAAAGUUUCCUGUCUUUUACCAUCACAGCUAAAAUCCCAUAGGACUUUGGAUUACAAUUUUUUUUAAAAUUUCAUUUUCUGGGGUGGCAUGGGUUGCAUUGUCUCCUCACAGCAAGUAGGUCCUAGGUUCAAAUCCUGGCCCAAACCUUUCUAUGUGGAGUUUGGUUUCCUCCCACAGUCCAAAGACAGGCAUGUAGGCUAAUUGAAGACUCUAAAUUGCCCAUAGGCAUGAAUAUGUAAGUGAAAGGUGAGUAAAUGGUGUAUGCCCUGUGACAGAUUGGCGGCCUGUCCAGGGUGUAUUCCUGCCUCUUGCCCAAUGCACGCUGGGAUAGGCUCCAGCACCCAGGAAUGCCCAGGAAUAAGCGGGUAUAGAUAAUAGAUGGAUGGAUGGAUAGUUUUCUAAAAGAAAUGUAUUUCUGCUUCAAAUUGUAUUGUGAAAAUAAAUUAUUUAAA